AUGUGGCGCCAGCCGCCCACACUGUGGGCGGUUGAUGAAAGGGUGCGCUCCAAGCUCCGAGGGCGCAAGGGACCCUCGGCGGUAGUGAUUACCAUGUGCGGCAAGCCCGCCCCAGCCAGGCCGUGCCAAUCCCCGAGUGGCGAGAGGAGGAUCUGCGCCUCGCCCUCCCUCUCGGCACUCCUCGCGGUCUCCAGCGACAGCGACGGACACCACAUCCUCCUCCCCACUCCAGCGAACUCGCACCUAAAAAAGAGACCUCAGCCGCUUCAUGGGCCCUCCCCGCUCGAAACGCUACCGCAGUCAUACAACUCGGGCUCAGCAUCAGGACCGGUGGAGCCGUCACCAACGUCCGGCCUUGCUUGGUCCGUCUCGCACCGCAGCUUGAGCCAUGGCCUCCCACCGCUGCAGCACCGCGGGAAGGAAAUUGUGGUCCCGGUCGAUGUACGUCGGGGAUCUAAAGCCGCGGACGACAAGCGGCGUGGUAACGCAGCGGCCUUAGCAAGAUUCCGAAAGCGGAAGAAGGAGAGGGAGAGAUCGCAGCAGGAGGAACUACAAAAGCUGGAGAACGCGAACCGGGAGCUUGAGAGCAGGAAUAAGGAGCUUGCCAAGCGCUGCCAGGAGCUUGAGGCCUAG